AUGGCCUCCUCCUCCGGGAGGCGGCCGACGGGCGCGGGCCCCGGCGGCGGGGAGCCCUCCUCCACCCCUGGCCCGGCGUCCGGCGGCGGCAGGAGGAUCCUGCGGACGCAGACGGCGGGGAACCUUGGCGAGUCCAUCUUCGACAGCGAGGUGGUCCCCUCCUCGCUGGUGGAGAUCGCGCCCAUCCUCCGCGUUGCCAACGAGGUCGAAGGAAGCAACCCGCGGGUCGCAUACCUAUGUCGGUUCUACGCCUUCGAAAAGGCCCAUCGACUCGACCCCACCUCCAGCGGCCGUGGUGUCCGCCAGUUCAAGACCGCGCUCCUCCAGAGGCUCGAAAGGGAAAACGACCCCACAUUGAAGGGGAGGGUCAAGCAGAGCGAUGCCCGUGAAAUGCAGAGUUUCUACCAGCACUACUACAAGAAGUACAUCCAGGCGCUCCAGAAUGCCGCCGAUAAGGCUGACCGUGCCCAGCUGACGAAGGCGUAUCAGACCGCGGCUGUCCUGUUCGAGGUCCUAAAGGCCGUCAAUGUCUCACAGAAAAUCGAAGUCGAUCAGGCGAUUUUGGAGACGCACAACCAAGUCGAGGAGAAGAAAAAGCUCUAUCUUCCUUACAAUAUCCUCCCGCUCGACCCUGACAGUGCUGCUAACCAGGCUAUUAUGCGAUAUCCUGAGAUCCAAGCCUCUUUUCACGCUCUUCGUAACACAAGGGGUCUGCCGUGGCCCAAGGACCAUGAAAAGAAGGAUGACGCGGAUCUUCUUGAGUGGCUUCAGGCACUGUUUGGGUUUCAGAAAGAUAACGUGUCCAAUCAACGAGAACAUCUCAUACUCUUGCUUGCCAAUGUGCAUAUAAGGGAGAUGUCCAAACCUGACCAACAAUCAAAGUUAGAUGACCAUGCGCUAGAUAUAGUAAUGAAGAAGCUCUUCAAGAACUACAAAAGAUGGUGCAAAUACCUUGGGCGCAAAAGCAGCUUAUGGCUGCCGACAAUUCAACAAGAAGUACAACAGCGGAAGCUUCUCUACAUGGGCCUUUAUCUGCUCAUAUGGGGAGAGGCAGCUAACUUGCGGUUUAUGCCAGAGUGUCUUUGCUAUAUCUAUCAUCAUAUGGCUUUUGAAUUGUAUGGCAUGUUGGCUGGAAAUGUGAGCCCAACAACUGGUGAAAAUGUUGAACCAGCCUAUGGUGGUGCCGAAGAAGCCUUCCUGAAGAAAGUUGUGACCCCAAUUUACAAGAUCAUAGAGAUGGAAGCUGAAAGGAGCAAGACCAUAAAAUCAAAACACUCACAUUGGAGAAAUUAUGAUGAUCUCAAUGAGUACUUCUGGUCAAGAGAUUGUUUUCGAUUAGGAUGGCCUAUGAGAGCUGAUGCUGAUUUUUUCAAGACCCCAAAUUUUGUUCUCAAUACUCGUGAUCAGGCGAAUGGAGAAAACAGACCAACUGGUAAUGACCAUUGGAUGGGAAAAGUCAACUUUGUUGAAAUACGGUCAUUUUGGCACAUCUUCCGUAGCUUUGACAGGAUGUGGAGCUUCUUAAUUUUAUCCUUACAGGCCAUGGUUAUAGUUGCUUGGAAUGGCGGCACACCAGGUGACAUCUUUGAUGCAGGGGUGUUCAAACAAGUUUUGAGCAUAUUUAUAACUGCUGCAGUAAUGAAAAUGGGCCAAGCAAUUCUGGACAUUGUCUUGAGCUGGAAAGCAAGAAAAAGCAUGUCUCUUGCUGUUAAACUCCGGUACAUCUUGAAAUUACUAUCAGGAGCUGCAUGGGUUGUAAUUUUACCCGUAACUUACGCAUACACCUCAGACAAUCCUACUGGACUCAAUAGAACAAUCAAAAGCUGGUUUGGUGACGGCCGGAACCAGCCAUCAUUAUACAUCUUGGCUGUUGUGGUAUAUUUGUCACCAAAUAUGCUGGCGGCUACGUUAUUCAUUUUUCCUGUCCUGAGGAGGUUUCUUGAGAAGUCAAAUCUUAAAGUUGUAGCCCUCAUAAUGUGGUGGUCACAGCCUCGCUUAUUCGUUGGCAGAGGAAUGCAUGAAGGCGCGUUCUCCCUUUUCAAGUAUACAAUGUUCUGGGUCGUUCUUUUGGCCACAAAAUUGGUAGUGAGCUUCUACGUGGAGAUCAGGCCACUCGUGCAACCAACAAAAGAUAUAAUGAAGGUCCCAAUAACAACAUUUCAGUGGCACGAGUUCUUCCCACAUGCAAAGAACAACAUCGGUGUUGUUAUUGCACUUUGGGCUCCUAUCAUUCUUGUCUAUUUCAUGGAUACCCAAAUAUGGUAUGCAAUUUUCUCAACAUUAGUUGGUGGUAUCUAUGGGGCAUGUCGUCGUCUUGGUGAGAUACGGACCUUAGGAAUGUUAAGAUCUCGCUUCGAAUCUUUGCCAAAGGCUUUCAACGAUCACUUGAUUCCAAAUGACUCAAAGAGGAGAGGAUUCCGCUCCGCUUUCUCCAGUAAACCUUCUAAGAAACCUGAGGAUGGAAAAGAAGAAGACAAAAUAGCUGCAAGAUUUGCUCAGAUAUGGAAUCUAAUUAUUACAAGCUUCCGCCAGGAAGACUUGAUAGAUAACAGGGAGAAGGACUUGCUACUUGUUCCAUACUGCAAGGAUCGUGAAAUGGAUAUGAUCCAAUGGCCACCAUUCCUGCUUGCUAGCAAGAUUCCAAUAGCAUUGGAUAUGGCAGCAGACAGUGGAGGAAAAGACCGUGAUCUAAAGAAAAGGAUGGAUUCAGAUCCAUAUUUUACUUAUGCCAUCAAGGAAUGCUAUGCUUCAUUUAAAAACAUAAUAUAUGCUUUAGUGGUUGGUCCACGGGAGCGAGAUGUCAUCCAAAAGAUUUUUAAAGUGGUGGAUGAUCUCGUAGCAGAGGACUUUCUGAUAAAGGAACUGCACAUGAGUAACUUACCUACCCUGAGCAAGAAGUUCAUCGAGCUGCUUGAGAUACUGCAAAAGAAUAACAGAGAAGAUCGAGGUCAGGUCAUCAUUUUGUUCCAGGAUAUGCUCGAGGUGGUUACAAGGGAUAUAAUGGAAGAACAACUACAACCCAUUGGGCUACUGGAAACGGUACAUGGUGGAAAUAACAGAAAACACGAAGGGAUUACACCACUUGAUCAACAAGAACAGGAACAGUUGUUCACUAAAGCUAUUGAAUUUCCUGUGAAGGCAUCAGAUGCCUGGAAGGAAAAGAUAAAAAGGCUUCACCUUCUGCUCACAGUGAAGGAAUCUGCUAUGGAUGUUCCUACAAACCUGGAUGCUAGAAGGAGGAUAUCUUUCUUUGCUAAUUCUCUUUUUAUGGACAUGCCAAAAGCUCCAAAAGUGCGCAAUAUGCUGCCCUUCUCUGUCUUGACUCCCUAUUACAAAGAAGACGUCCUUUUCUCUUCACAUGCACUAGAGGAAGAGAACGAGGAUGGGGUUUCUAUCCUUUUUUACCUGCAAAAAAUCUAUCCAGAUGAAUGGAAAAAUUUCCUUGAAAGGGUGGACUGCAAGAACGAAGAGGAACUCCGUGAGACUGAACAAACGGAAGAUGAGCUUCGCCUUUGGGCAUCAUACAGGGGGCAAACUUUGACGAGGACUGUAAGAGGGAUGAUGUACUACCGACAAGCUUUGGUGCUUCAGUCUUGUCUUGAUAUGGCCAGAGAGGAUGAUCUUAUGGAAGGCUUCAGGGCUGCAGAUAUACUAUCUGAGGAAUCACAAUUAUUGACUCAGUGCAAGGCUGUAGCUGACAUGAAGUUUACAUACGUUGUAUCAUGCCAGUCAUAUGGUAUCCAGAAACGUUCUGGUGAUCAUCAUGCACAGGAUAUUCUUAGACUGAUGACAACUUAUCCAUCACUUCGGGUUGCCUAUAUUGAUGAAGUCGAGGAGACAAGCAAAGAGGGGGAGGCAAGCAAAGAUAGGAGCAAGAAGAUAGAGAAGGUUUACUACUCAGCAUUGGUGAAGGCGGCAGUAACUAAGCCUGAUGAUCCUGGUCAGAAACUCGAUCAGGACAUAUACAGGAUAAAACUUCCAGGCAAUGCAAUGUUGGGUGAAGGGAAACCAGAAAAUCAGAACCAUGCGAUAAUUUUUACUCGAGGUGAAGGCCUACAAACCAUAGACAUGAAUCAGGAACAUUAUAUGGAGGAAACAUUGAAAAUGAGAAACCUGCUGCAAGAGUUUACGAAGAAACAUGAUGGUGUGAGGUAUCCAACAAUACUUGGUGUAAGAGAACAUAUAUUCACUGGCAGUGUUUCUUCGCUUGCGUGGUUCAUGUCAAACCAAGAGACAAGUUUUGUGACUAUUGGACAGCGUGUACUUGCCAAUCCUUUAAGGGUUCGAUUUCAUUAUGGACAUCCUGAUAUCUUUGAUCGACUCUUCCAUCUCACAAGGGGUGGUGUAAGCAAAGCAUCUAAGAUUAUCAAUCUUAGUGAGGACAUAUUUGCUGGAUUCAAUUCAACACUGCGUGAAGGAAACGUUACACAUCAUGAAUACAUGCAAGUUGGCAAGGGAAGAGAUGUUGGUCUCAAUCAGAUUUCACUAUUUGAGGCGAAGAUAGCAUAUGGUAACGGCGAACAGACUCUGAGCCGUGACAUCUACCGACUUGGCCAUCGUUUUGAUUUCUUCAGAAUGUUGUCCUGCUACUAUACUACCAUUGGCUUUUACUUCAGCACAAUGAUUACGGUAUGGACCGUGUAUGUAUUCCUCUAUGGGCGUUUGUAUCUCGUCCUCAGUGGCCUCGAUGAAGGACUAGCCACAGGAAGAAGGUUUAUACACAACAACCCUCUCCAAGUCGCUCUUGCCUCACAGUCGUUUGUGCAGCUUGGCUUCUUGAUGGCACUCCCUAUGAUGAUGGAGAUUGGUCUGGAGAGAGGGUUCAGGACCGCAUUGAGCGACUUUGUGCUGAUGCAGCUUCAGUUAGCAUCCGUCUUCUUCACAUUCUCCCUCGGAACCAAGACUCACUACUACGGAAAGACGCUGCUACAUGGAGGAGCUGAGUAUAGAGCUACUGGACGUGGAUUCGUGGUGUUCCAUGCCAAGUUCGCCGAGAACUAUCGGCUGUACUCGCGGAGCCAUUUCGUCAAGGGCAUCGAGUUGAUGAUCUUGCUUAUCGUGUUUGAGAUCUUCGGGCAGUCGUACCGAGGAGCCAUCGCGUACAUCUUCAUAACCUUCUCCAUGUGGUUCAUGGUCGUUACCUGGCUCUUUGCGCCGUUCCUGUUCAACCCUUCUGGGUUCGAGUGGCAGAAGAUUGUGGAUGACUGGACUGACUGGAACAAGUGGAUCAGCAACCGCGGGGGUAUCGGUGUUUCGCCGGAGAAAAGUUGGGAGUCAUGGUGGGAGAAAGAGCACGAGCCCCUGAAAUACUCCGGGAAGCGUGGCACCGUUCUUGAGAUAGUGCUUGCCGUGCGCUUCUUCAUCUACCAGUAUGGGCUCGUUUACCAUCUCAACAUAACCAAACACACCAAGAGCGUCCUGGUUUAUUGCUUGUCAUGGGUUGUCAUCUUCUUCAUAUUGCUGGUGAUGAAGGCUGUGUCGGUCGGUCGGCGGAAAUUCAGCGCGGAGUUCCAGCUCGUGUUCCGGCUGCUCAAGGGGCUGAUCUUCAUCGUGUUCAUCUCCACCAUCGUGAUCCUUAUCGUGAUCCCCCACAUGACGAUCCAGGACAUAUUCGUCUGCAUCCUUGCCUUCAUGCCAACGGGAUGGGGCCUGCUCCUCGUGGCUCAGGCACUGAAGCCGGCGAUCAUGAGGGUGGGGCUGUGGGGGUCGAUCCGGGCUCUAGCUCGUGGGUACGAGAUCAUCAUGGGGCUGCUGCUCUUCACCCCGAUCGCGUUCCUGGCGUGGUUCCCGUUCGUGUCUGAGUUCCAGACUCGGAUGCUCUUCAACCAGGCCUUCAGCCGUGGUCUGCAGAUCUCGAGGAUCCUGGGUGGGCACAAGAAGGACCGGGCGGCGCGGAGCAAGGACGAUAGGUAGAUGGAUAGAUUGCCGUCGUAGCUAGUAGUAAGGUAGAUAGACGAUUGUAGGCAUGCUGGAUGGCUGUAGCGGUUGUGGCUUGUCAGUAGUAUGUAUGUAUGUAUUCCAGGCUGCAAAUUGCAUUGGCAAUGUAGUAGUAGUGCACAAGAUAAUCAUAUGGAUGCAUGGUCUGGUUUGUAGUAGUAGUAGUGUAUGCUUAACUUAUCUGAUAUUGGUGAUUGUGACUUAUAACUUGUGUACUUUAUUAAUUAUAACCUAUCUGAUAUUGGUGAUUGUGACUUAUAACUUGUGUACUUUAUUAAUUAUAACCUGUGGUAUGCUUACCUGA